CCCCUGCUUGAUGAUGGUUGUCGAAGUGAAAAUUCGGGCCGGUGGUUAGACUUCGAAGAGGCUGAAGCGAAUCAGCCACACUAGCACCGUGGCUUUACCCUUCCUACUAACGUAGAUGCAUUGCAUCAUUGGUGUCUCAAAAGGGUUAAUCUUGUUAUCGUAUCUUAUCGAGAAGAAGCUCUUGAGUAGUAAAGCCCCUACGCAGUUCGUCUCCGCCUACUAUCUACGUGACCACUGAACUCGGUUCUGGGCAGUGCUGUGAGGUGGUGGAGUCAAUCUAUCUUCGACUUCAUACAGUAUCUCGAACAUGCGGCGCGGCCACUUUUCGUUGACCGACCUGCCCGCCUGGUGUGCUUUAAACGAUGUCACCUUCGUCAAUGUCAAAGCUGCGGACAUCGGCGGCCGAGGCUACGGCUUGAUAGCCGAGAGGGACUUGGUUAAUGAAGACGACAACUUCGAGCUUCCCACUCUUCUCACCGUCCCUAAGGAGCUCAUCAUCUCGGCCGAGGGCGUGGCCGAGUAUGCCAGGGAAAAUAAGGAAUUCCGACAGCUUCUGGACGCCGCAGGGCAUCGGUCAACCAGAGGCGAUAUCUUGUUGUUCCUCUUGGUCCAAUUGGUGUUAUCUUCGCCUGAUUAUGAAGGCGGCCACGGGCCCUCAAUACCGUGGACGCAGUACUUCAGUUUGCUCCCGGCGCAGGUACCGGUUCCUACGAUGUGGACCGAGUCGGAGCUUUCCCUCCUCAGGGGCACUUCUCUCGAGUCAGCAGUGUCUGCCAAACUAUCAGUGUUGACGAAGGAAUUUGACGAGCUUCGUGCGAAGGUAUCAGAGCUUCCAUACUGGGACGAACUUCUGUCAAUAGACGAGGCCGUCACGACUCACGACUGGGUUCUUCUCGACGCUCUCUAUAGGUCGCGCUCACUCGGUUUGCCUAAGUCCGGAGAGUCGAUGGUGCCAUGCCUCGAUUUAGUCAACCACUCCAGCAACCCUACUGCCUACUUUGAAGAGAAUGGCAAGGGGGAAACAGUUCUGUAUCUACGGAAGGGAUAUGCGGUGUCCUCUGGUAGCGAAAUCACUAUCGAUUACGGACAGGAUAAGUCCCCGGCGGAGUUUCUGUUCAGCUAUGGCUUCAUCGACCCGGACUCGACCGCGAAGAGCCUGGUCCUACCGUUAGAACCGAUGGAUGAUGACCCCCUUGGACUCGCGAAACUCCACGCCUUCGGCACGCCGCCGAAACUGAGACUAUCGGAAAACGAGGAUGGUAGCCUCCAGUGGGUCGGCCCUUUUGUUUAUCUUAUGUGUUUGAAUGAAGAAGAUGGCCUACGAUUCAGGGUUAUACAGGAAACAGACGGUUCUCGCCAUUUGGGUAUGUUUUGGAACGAAACCGACAUCACGGCCGUACCACAGACGAUUCAAGAUCUCAUUCGUGGUCAUGAACUGGAACGGAUAUUUGAGCUGCGUGCUGUGACAGUCGUCUUGGGCAUCAUUCAGGACCAAAUGAGGCAGCUCGCCGACGGUCAGGAUGAAGACAGGAUACCUGGGUUGGCACGGGUUGAAAUCGCACAGGCUACGUCCCGCCUAAGAACCCUCGAGGCAGAAAUGCUCGAGGAGAGCUUAAGUAUAUUGGAGGACCAGAGGUCACAAUUACUCUCAGAUCCCACAGUGGUGGAAUAUUUACGGUUGAUGGAACACAACCAAGAUGACCACAACAUGGAGACCGAUCACAACGAAGACGACUUUAGCUAGGACACCCCCGUGGCAUCUUAACCCUCGCACUCGCCUACGCCGGCUAUAGGAGAUGCGGAAUUUAUGGCAUAUAGUACCGCUGCAUUUCAUUCAUUUCCCUGGCGGCACGAAUACAGCUAAUAUGAUUGCAGUAUUAGACUAGGGUACGGGGCGGCCUGAGAGCCUUCGACCUGGUUGCCACGGACACACGAACCCCGUCGUUAAAGAAUCGAAGGAGGGAUAGCUGGCAGAAGUGG